CCCCACCACCCGGCCCAGUGAGGCAGCUGGCACAGCUGGACUUUGAGCCGCUUAUCAAAUGGUGGAGGUGCCGGGAGGGGAGCGGAAGUACCGGAGGGGUGUGGAGGUGCCAGAGAGGUGUCGAGAUGUCACCCUCAAGGGUGUGAAGGGGCUACACCCAGCUGUGGCACCACCCUGUCAGGGGCACUGUACUGGGUGCAGCCCCUAAACCCCUUAGGGGGACCCAGUGGGUGCUUCCUCGCUGGCUACCAAGCCCUGGUACCUGCCAAGGUGCUGGGGUGGCCCCGCCAGCACUCUAGGGGUGCAUGAAAGGCCCUUCUGUACCUCCUGCCAUGGGCAGGGCUGGGGCUCGCUGCCAGCACGGUGGCACAGGUGGCUUCCUGCCUGCCCCGGCCCCACGGCAGGGCUCGGCGUCACCGCCCUUUGCCCAGCCCCUCGUUAAUGAUCUACCCGUCCCCGUGGCCGCCAGCAGCUGCCCGGCGUGGUGGCAGUGGCAGCAGAGCCGGGGGUCCCUGGCUCAGGGGGGCCGGCGGCUCCCUGCCCUGCGCUCCACCCUUCUUCCCCAGCAGCCAGAUAAGAGCGGCUGCGGGCAGCGCCCAUUGCCCGGCGCGGCGUGGGCAGAACGCGGCCGGACCAUGGCCAUGGCCACAGCGAACCUCCGUGCCCUGACCUCCUGGGUGGGCAUCGCCCGGCUCUUCGCCGUCGUGCUCUCCUGCCUCGCCUUCAGCUUGGUGGCCUCCACCGGGCACUUCGAGGCUCCCUACGGGACGUGGUGCAUGUUCACGUGGUGCUUCUGCUUCACCGUGACGCUGCUGGUGCUGCUGCUGGAGCUGCUGGAGCUCUACCCCAUGCUGCCACUCUCCUGGGAUGACUUCACCUCGGCUUUCUCCAUGCUGGCGGCUCUGAUGGUCUUCACCUCCUCGGUGGUCUUCCCUACCACCUUCAUCAGCAGCCCCUGCAGCAGCAACCAGUGUGCCCGGCAGGCCGUGGCCACCACCGCCUCGUGCCUCUGCUUCCUCGCCUACGCCGUCGAGGUGUCACUGACCCGCGCCAAGCCAGGGGAUGUCAGCAGCUUCCUUUCCACUGUGCCUGGGCUCCUCAAGGUCUUCGAAGCCUACGUGGCUUGCCUGAUCUUCUCCUUGCUGGAUGAAUACAAUAGGGAACCUGGCCUGAUGUGGUGCGUGGCUGUCUACUCCAUCUGCUUCAUCUUCACCCUGCUCAUCAUCAUCUUCACCAUCGGCCGCUGCCUCACCUACAUCCCCUGCCCGCUGGAGAAGAUGCUGGUGGGGUACAACUUCCUGGCCCUGCUGAUGUACCUCACUGCCACCGUGCUCUGGCCUCUCUACAGCUUCCGGGGACAGAGCCGCCCCGAUCCCUGCGGCACGAAAUGCCCGUGGAACAAGCACCUGGGGGUCACCUUCCUCACCAUCUUCAACCUCAUCGCCUACUUGGUGGACCUGGUCUACUCCACCAGGAUGGUCUUUGUCAGGGCACCUCCCUAAGGGCUGCGGGCGGGGCCGGGGGCGGUGGGACGCGGCUGGGCGCCGGCGGCGGUUCGGAGCUGCGGGCGGAGCUGGGGAAGAGGCCGGGUGCCUCGGAAAGCUCCCAGUCCCCGUGCUGGAGCAGAGAGCCGGGGGCUGCUCCCAGGGGUGCGCUCAGCCAGGGGCCCCGCAGGCUGCACAGAGAGGGGGGCUGGAGGGGCCACGAGGGGCUCCUGAAACCCUGGAACUCGAGGGAGCUUUGGGAUUAAAUUGGGUUAUUUUUCA